GCCUUCUCAAGUUGGGUCGAUGUUUGUUUUCUUCUUCGCUGGAGCACUUGAACGCCCACAAUGACAAUGUUGUCACAACUACCACAUGUACAGGUCCGACUCAGAGGCAGCACCUCAUAAGAUAGUAGGAUCGUGCUGGACCAGAAACAACGAAAUUUCGCCAGUAUCAUUCAAUAACGCGGUCCUCAGCGACGCCCACUAUGUCAUCUGAAUACGCAACUCUACCCAAAGCUCUCCAUCCACGUCUUGGUUACGAUAACGAGAAAGCUUUGGAAGAUAUUGAUGGAUUUGAUGACCUCCAUCCAGGCUUUAUACCGAGCAAAGAGGCUCGAACAGGACGUGCGCCAAAACCACCGAUUAUGUGUUGGGGCUAUCCUUUUAGCUUUGAGAAGAUGGAGAAUUAUGCGUUGGACAAUGGUUUUGAAGGGGUUUUGACUGGAGAAGCAGACGAGGAAGAAGACUUACAAGACGCAGAAUGCACACUGGCCAGAAGACAUGGAAUGCACAGAGGACGCAGAGAAUAUAGCGGACGUGAAGGAUGUGAAAGAUGUAGAAGAAGAUGACUUGGACGACGACUCAGACUACGACUCGCCGAAUGACAACUCGGAUGACGACUCUCAGAGUGGACUCGAUAAAAAAUAAAUAUCUUAUACCAUACAUCACAUCAACACUAUGCUCAAAGCCGAGCUGGAUGAACCUUUCAAAUCUCUUUUUUAUUUCAGUACCAUAUCAUGCUGGAGCGAAGGGGUGCCGACGGCGACGUUCUGUCUGUAUACGAACCAUCACCCGACGGAGUGUUACGGUGCGCCUGAGAGUGUCAAGUUAGCAUGCAAAAAUAUCGCGACCGGUCCAGCGAUGUGGUAUGUCGACGAAGUUUCUUCUCAUUGGGAUUGGGAAUUACGAAACACCCAGUAGCCAGAUAUACAGAAAAUGGGAUUGAAUAACUUGCGGGUAAGGUUAGCCAGAAACUCCAAGUACGCCUGAUGGAACGGACCACUGUUCAGUCUGUCGAUGUUCUC